AUGGAGUCAAAAGAACCUUUUUUGGUUUCAUGCAACUUGAAGACAAAAAACUACAAAAACCUCAGAGACGAUCAUCAUCAAGGUUUUUCCCUAAACCAGUCUCUUUGUCAGGAAUAUCUGCAUGGGGUUUCUAGUUUCAACAUGUUAAUCCUAGGUGAGUAUGAUAUACUUCCGCUCUACUUAUUUCAACUAGUGCUCCCACAGUGGAUGGAAUCGAUGCCUUGUCCUCCCCAACUUGAGAUGAUGGAUACAACAUCACUGCUUGCUUACGUUUCUUCUUUGCCGAAAUAA